AUGAAACAAUAUAUUAUUAUUAUUAUUAUUGGUAUAACUGCUCUUUUCAGUUCGGUUUAUUGUGCUUCUUCAGACAAUUGUACAAACCUAUCAAAUCAAGAUUGUCAAACAUGUUUGAGUCUUCAAAAGUGUGCUUAUUGUAAGAAUACCAAACUUUGUUUUCGAUAUGAUCCCGAAACUGCACUUGAACAGCGAUGUACCACAGCUGAUUUGCAAUGGCAAACGUGUGUUGGUAAUUUUCGAGUUUGGAUUAUUAUUGUUUCUGUUAUUGCUGGUAUUGUUUUACUUGCUAUAAUUAUUGCUAUUUGUUGUGUAUGUCGAAAAUGUAAACGUAUUUCUAUUCGAAGAGAAGAAAGAAGACAACAACGUGAUGAUCAACGAAUAGGAGAACGAAUGGAAGAACGACGAGCUGCAGCUGAAGUUCGAACCAAUGAACGAAAUCGUGUAGCUGAUCAAAUUCGUAUGAAAUAUGGUAUUCUUAAAGCGAAAGAAAAUGCUACUGAUUAUGCACGUAUGGAAUAA